AUGGAUCAAAGAGGCCCUGAGACUCAAAACGCUCCGGUACAGGAGGAUGGUGAGGCGCCCUACAACACAGACGGCAAUGCGCCGCGCAAGCGAAAGAAGGCCGUCCUGGCUUGCGAUCCGUGCAGGGUGCGGCAUCUCAAGUGUGACGGUACACAUCCGGUCUGCUGGCAAUGCGCACGACGACGGGCGCCUGCGGGCACGCGCGUGGAACCAUGCACAUACAAGUCCUGCCCACAGGAAAUCUUGCGGCAGAAAGAGUACAUCGACACUCUGCACUACCGGAUUGAACAACUAGAGCGUGUCAACCGCGAACUCAGCAAUCUGCGAACCUCCUCAGAUCCCGGGGUGGGAAGCCAGCAGCCACGAUGCACCGACUCGCCCGGAAGUACUCAACAGGGGUUCGCCGUCCAGCAUCCAGAAACGGCGACGUCGAACCCGACGCCGCCACGCAAUCAGGAAGGGUACAGCCCCGUGGACGCCAUGGGUGCCAACUCGGCCGAGCGGCCACAUGAGCAGGCACACGACAGCCGAUACUAUGGCAGCUCUUCUACCGUGUCGUUCAUGCAGCAGGUCUACAGUACCAUCCCGAAUGGCGACCCUGCAGGUGCGUCCACCGGGCCAUUGCGAAAUCCACAUUGGCCUAGCGUGAAUUUGAUGGAUUCCACGUUCUGGGCCCUGAAGGAUCCAGGGCAGUUGUCACUACUCCCUCGGCCAAUUAUGGACGCUGCUCUGGGCACCUACUGGGAGAGGAUAUAUCCGCUGUAUCCCUUCAUCCACAAGCCUACCUUCACGCGCGCCUACGAGCAACUAUGGGACCCCGGUCCCGCCGAGAGCGAACUCAACACCCCCGAAGCUGGACUCGGUGGCUCUGCAGAAUACGGCCCGCGCAGCAUCGUCUACCACUGCGCUCUGAACGUCAUGUUAGCGCUGGCGACGCAGUUCAUGAACAUGCCACGGGACGACCGCCGCAGGUUGGAAGAGGUGUUUGCGAACAAGGCGAGAGACCUGUGCCGACUCGACCUGUUCGACGACGGGUCUCUGGCGGUGAUCCAGACCCUGCUCAUCAUGACCCAGUACCUUCAAUGUACUCCUCACCCCAAUCGGUGCUGGCUCUGCAUCGGCAUCACCUGUCGGCUUGCCCAGAGCCUCGGCUUGCACAUCGAAAACCCCCAGGCAGGGAAAUGGACUGGGCCAUUCGCGUUAGAGAUGCGCCGUCGCGUGUGGUACGGCUGCGUCACCCUCGACGCCGUGGUGAGCAUGACGCUGGGCCGACCUCUGAUGCUCAGCCCCCCUGGCAACAUCCCGCUACCUCGGGCCAUCGACGACUACUAUCUAGACCGGCCCAACGGCCAGCCGCCGGGGUACCCCUCGAGGUUGGAGUUCUUCGUGCGGUCAGUCAAGCUCUAUGUCAUGUUGGGACAGGUGGUGUCGCAGAUCUACGCCCCGAGUUCCACUCCGCAAGUCUCUGGCCAGAGCAGCGCCAAGUUUGCCAAUUUCGGCGACUUUGCAUUCGUCCAGAGAAUGGACACGGACAUAGCGGCGUUUGAAGCCGACAUCCCCCAUCACCUCCACUGGGAGCGAAGACAUAAACUGCCGCCCGACCUCUUUGAUGGCCGCGUCUUCGAGAUGCAGGCGUCGGUGUUGUACGCUCGAUACUUGCACCUCCGCAUCUUGCUCUACCGUCCCAUGUUCAUCCACUACUGCCAGCACGUGUGUUCACAGGCGGAGGAAGGCACGAUGGACCCGACCUAUCGCCCGCCCGCCCCAGCUACAGAAGUGUCCCUCAUAUUCGCGCGCGGCGUGUCGAUAAUGUGUGUCGAGAACUCGGCGAGGCUGAUCGACCAAGUCCAUCUCCGCUCGACCACCGCCGCGACGGGGGCCUGGUGGUACAAUUUGUACUAUGCGCGGACCGCGGGUCUUGUCGUACUGCUCGCCAUGGCCUGUGACACAAUCACCGAGUCCGUCGGCUGGACGAAGUUGGCCGAGAGCUGGAACAAAUGCAAGGCGACCCUUUCGGCCCUUUUGGUCUUCAGCCCAGCUGCGACACACUGUCUCAGGGGGUUGGAACGGUUGCACCAGCAUAUCGUGUCCUUCAAACCAGGACAUAGACCAGGCGAAGAUCCGCAAGGCGGUGGUGCGGAUGUUUACGAAUGGAACCGAGAUCGUGACGGGAAUGCUCAUUCUCAAUCUCAACUACCUGACCAUAACUUUGAGCCUGGCGGCGCGAGCUUGCCAGACGACCUCGGCGGCUUGGAAUGGCCGAACGAAAUGGAGACGAGCAUGCUCGAGGGCAUCUUCUCCUUUGAUGCUUUUGAAUGA